AUGCAAAAAGAGGAGCUAAAGAAAAGAGAGAAUGCGAGAAUAGAGAAACAAGUAUGGGAAUUUAUAAACAGAUACAGAAAAGUGAGAGAACCAGUAAAUAAAGGGAUUGAGAUGGAAGAGUGGAGAAGAUAUUUUAUGGGACUGUUGAACGGAACGGACACGAAAUUUGCUGGUGGGUGGAUCAGAGAAGAGAUAGAUGAGGAGACGAACGAUAGGAAAAUAGAAGAUAAACAAAUAAUGAAACAGAUCAGAAAACUGAAAAAGGGCAAAGCUACAGGGGAAGAUGGGAUACCGAAUGAAGCGUGGAUUUUUAUUCAGGCGAGGAAGGAACAGGAAGUAUGCGAGCUGUUGAAGAAGGUGUGGAAAGGAGAAGGAAUUCCAGAAGACUGGAAAAUAGGAAUAAUUUCGCCUCUGUAUAAGAAAGGCGAUGAGGAUAAAGCAGAAAAUUAUAGGGGAAUUACGCUGUUAAAUACGGCGUACAAGUUAUACGCAAUGGAACAGAAUGAGAGAAUGAAAGAAGAGAUCAAAGAGAAAGGAAUUCUUCCCGACACGCAAGCUGAGUUCAGAAAAGGACGUGGGACAAUAGACAACAUUUUCAUUCUACGACACGCAGCGGAGAAGGAGCUAUCAAGAAAGGGUGGGAAACUAUUUACUUUCUUUGUAGAUCUAAAGGCAGCAUUUGAUAAAAUAAACAGACAAGUCCUGUGGGCAGCAAUGGAAAAAAGAGGGAUUAGAAAAGGGCUGGUGGAGAGAGUAAAAGAGUUGUGUAAAGAAUGUAAACGUGCGUUUUGA